UUGAGAGAGCGAGAGCGCUCGGGACAGCAACUCGACCAGCAACCAUGGCGGCCGCGGUGGCUCUAGCCCUCCUCCUGCCGGUCCUCCUCCAGGCGAGCCACGCUCUCGCCACGGCGGCCGGCAACGCGCACCCGGGUUACACAGGCGCGGACGCCGGCACCUGCGGUCCGGCGCGCCACGGCCCGGGGCUGGAGGAGUACGGCGGCGGGCGCAUCGUGGACAUCACGCACGCGUACCGGCCGGUCAUGCCCGGCGCGACGGUGCAGCCGCUGCUGCGGCUCAAGGAGUCGAUGGAGGAGGGGUCGGACUACAACCUGUCGGAUCUCCGGAUGGAGUGCCACACGGGGACCCACGUCGACGCGCCGGGGCACAUGAACCAGGCGCACUUCGCCGCCGGCCUCGACGUCGACACGCUCGAUCUCGACGUCCUCAACGGUCCCGCGUUACUGGUCGAUGUUCCAAGACACACAAAUAUAACAGCUGAAGCAAUGGAAUCUCUAAAUAUACCCAAAGGUGUUCGCCGAGUUCUGUUCAGGACAUUGAGCACAGAGAGGGGCCUCAUGUGGAAGGAAGGUACUGAUUGGAGUUAUGUUGGGUUUACAGAAGAUGGUGCACAGUGGUUAGUUGACAACACCGACAUCAAGCUGGUCGGGAUUGACUAUAUAUCAGUUGCUUCGUUUGAUCACUUGAUCUCCGCCCAUGUGGCCUUUUUCAGAAAUGCGGGAUAGGCCCCGAAGGGCCUGGAUACUGCAUUAAACAUAAAGCGGUGUGGUACAGAAUACAUAAGGAACCUCCAAGAACAGCACAUUUUGGACCAGGUCCCUAGCUUUUACAGAAUAGACCCUGAACAAAUAGAAGAAAAAGCAAUCGGGUGCUCCUACACCGCCGACGAUCACAGGACUCAAGCGACGGCCGUCGCCACCAGUACCGGGGACUAGAUCACUUGGUGCAGUGAAGAGGAUGAGCUCCGCCGUGAGUCCACCAUAGGGCCUCCGAUGGAGGUUGGAGAAAACCUGACGCAACACCAGCUGGCCAAGUCUACUGCGGGGAAUUCCUUCUCGAGCAUUACUGACUAAACAACCAACUCUGAAAACAUGUCAGUACAGCAUUGCAUGUUUCCCAAUUGACCAAAGUUUUGUUCCACAAUAUCCUUACUAAUGAACAUCUUUUGGGGGGUACAAUGUUUGCUUACGCUGUAUUAAUGCUCCUCCAAAGAACAGUACAUUUUUCA